AUCGCCGACGUGCGGACGCCGUAGCUUCUCUUUGCCCGCCCUUACUAUUGCCUUACUACUCAGCAUUUUUGUCAGCUAAGUACGCCUCGUCACCAUGGCGGUGCCGGAUGAAACCAAAAGGUCUGCACGGAUAUCAACUGAAACGAUGCAAACGACUGCGGGAGCUGUUCUCAGCGUGUUCUACUUAAGGCACAUGGCGACUGAGUGCCUCACUGUCAGACCUCCGGACCUCCGACAAUGCCUGCUCUCGAAGUCGGCCCUAGCAAGAGCACGUUCACCUACACAGACAGCGGUGUACCACUAUCCCACUCAAAUGUGCCCUAUAUCACCGUCUUCGUCGUGCAUGGCAUUCUUUUCAACAACUUGAUAUUCAAGCGACUUCAAUCCAUAGCACCUCCGGCCAACCUGCGCAUUGUCGCGAUCAAUCGGCGUGGCUACCGAGGUUCCACGCCUGUGUCAGAGGAGUCUGCGAAGCUGCUUACGACCGGCACUGCAGAAGAAAAGCUCCGAACAUCCGAUGAGCUCUGCAAAGAGAUCUUGUACUUCGCGGACGCUUUCAUACAGACAGAGGGAGUGCCGCCGAUUUUGAACGACCGCCAUGGUGGCGGCAUCGCGCUGCUAGGUUGGUCCGCGGGAAACAGCUACGUUACUCGGGCCAUCGCCGACAUCGCCAACUACCCGCCCGAAAUGCAAGCGCGUCUCGCGAAGUACGUUCGCGCUCUCAUCAUGGAAGAUCCCCCCUCGCUCGCUCUCGGUCUUCCCCUACCAGAGGAAACGUGGUCGUACAGCCACCUCACAUCGCUCCCCAAAGACAAGCGCGAUGCGUUCAAUGUGCAGUGGCUCACUGCCUACUUCGAGCAUGGCGAUCUGUCCUCGCGAGACAAGAGCGUCAUUGAAUACAUCCUCCCAUCCAGCUCGCGCACGCCUACGCUCUACAACAUGACACUCGAGGAGCGUGCGGCGAUGAUCGAGCCAGUGGCAGACUCAGAGUUGCCGUUCAUGCUCGGCAUGUUCCCUUCAGCGCUGGCGGCGUACCGCAAGGCAUGCUUCGAUCGUGGGGUGCGCGCACUUUUGCCGGAGAUGAAGGUGUGGCAUUUGGGCUGUGGGGCGGCGCCGUCGUAUGGCAUCGCAGCAUACUUCGACCUACUGGUAGAUCAUGAAACUCAUGGCGGCGGUCUGAUCAACUUCAAGAUGAUCCCGGGGGCUAAUCACUUUCUGCACUGGGACGACCCUGAAAAGACGUUACAAGUAAUCGUAGACAUGGUGCAGUAGACGUGGAUAUUGCCUAAAUCGGUUUUGAGAGUAUGUAGGUAGGCACUGAUCGAGAUCGCCAGCUGACGUGACGUGACGAAACUCCUUCAAUG